AUGGCGUCAUCACUUGUUUCAUUGAUUUCCAAGAAAAUAAUCAAACCUUCUAUCCUCACUCCUCCAACUAAAAAAUCUCACAAACUUUCAUUUGUUGAUCAAGUUAUGCAUAUGUCUAUUCCUAUUGCAUUUUUCUACCCAAAAAUUGGUAAUUAUGAACCUACACAUGUGUCUCAAAUUCUUGAAAAAUCACUUUCAAAACUUCUUUCAUUUUAUUAUCCUUAUGCUGGAAGAUUGAAUAAGGAUGAUGGCAAUUAUGUUGAUUGUAAUGACAUGGGAGUUGAGUUAUCACAUGUUCAUGUACAUUGUCCCAUGUCUCAAAUUUUUAGACAAUCAUACACCAAUGAUGAACAUGUUGUUUUUCCUGUUGAGCAACCUUAUGCCCACAUGCAUAGUGGAAAUUUAGCUACAACUCAAGUAAGCCAUUUUGAUUGCGGAGGAAUAGCAAUUGGUGGAUGCUUAUCACACAAGAUCGGAGAUGGUUGCACUAUAGGCAAUUUCUUCAACUAUUGGGGAAUUUUGACUCGUGAUAUUAAUGCAACACUUUCUCCUCAUUUUGUUGGAGAAUCAAUUUACCCACAAUCUACUGAUUUUUCUGUAGUAUCAACUUUCAAGUCUGAAGAAUCAACAUGUUUAGGGAAAAAGUUUGUAUUCCCCGUUGAUAAACUAAAUACACUGAAAGCUAAAGUUGCGCAUGAAUCAGAAGUCCGAAAUCCUACUCGCGUUGAAGUUGUGAGCGCACUUCUCUACAAAUGUGCUUUAGUUACCAAAAGAGUUAACUCGGGUUCAUUUAAACCAUCUUCCUUAUUUCAAGUUGCAAAUAUGCGCCAAAGGCUCAAUCCACCUUUGUCACAUGACACAUGUGGAAAUAUAUUAUCAGGUUAUUUUGUGGAAAUACAUAACGAAAAAGAUGUAAAUUAUCCAAAAUUGGUAGGUGAAAUGAGGAAGGGGAAAUUGAAUCUUCAUGCUAAGGAAAGUGCCAUUAUCUUAGGGGUAGUUAAAUCAAUUGAAAAAGGGAAAACACCAUUUCAUAGCAAAGAAGUUGAUAAUUAUUUUUGUAGUAGUUUGCUUGAUUUCCCACUUUAUAAAGUGGACUUUGGUUGGGGAAGGCCCAUUAGAGUGAGCAUGGGAGCUGGGCCUUUUAACAAGUUCUUUUUCUUAUUGGAUAACCAAAGUGGAGGUGGAGUUGAAGUUAUAGUCAUGUUGGAUGAACAAGAAAUGGCUAUAUUUGAAAGAGAUCCAGAGCUUCUUGAGUUUGCUAGUCCAAUUACAAAUCUUUAA